UAUGUGAUAUAUAACCUUGGGUCAUGUUAUGUAAUGUUAUAUAACAUGUCAUGCUAUGUUAUAUAACAUGUGUCAUGUUAUGUUAUAUAACAUAUGUCAUGUUAUGUUUUCAGUUAUAUAACAAAUGUCAUGUUAUGUGAUAUAUAACCUUGGGUCAUGUUAUGUAAUGUUAUAUAACAUGUCAUGUUUUGUUAUAUAAAAUGUGUCAUGUUAUGUUAUAUAACAUAUGUCAUGUUAUGUUUUCAGUUAUAUAACAAAUGUCAUGUUAUGUGAUAUAUAACCUUGGGUCAUGUUAUGUAAUGUUAUAUAACAUGUCAUGCUAUGUUAUAUAACAUGUCAUGCUAUGUUAUAUAACACGUGUCAUGUUAUGUUAUAUUACAUGUGUCAUCUUAUGUUAUAUACAAUGUGUCAUGUUACGUUGUGUAACAUGUGUCAUGUUAUAUUAUAUAACAUGUGUCGUGUUGUUAUAUCACGUGUCAUGUUAUGUUAUAUAACAUAUGUCAUGUUACGUUAUAUAACAUCUGUCAUCUUAUGUUAUAUAACAAGCAUCAUGUUGUGUUAUAGAUAACUUGUGUCAUGUCAUGUUAUAUAACAUAUGUCAUGUUAUGUUAUAUAACAUGUGUCAAGUUAUGUUAUAUAACAUGUGUCAUGUUACUUUAUAUAACAUAUGUCAUGUUAUGUUAUAUUACAUGUGUCAUGUCAUGUUAUAUAACAUGUGUUAUGUUAUGUUAUGUUAUGUUAUAUAACAUGUGUCACGUUAUGUUAUAUAAAAUGUGUCAUGUUAUGUUAUAUAACAUAUAUCAUGUUGCAUGAUAUAACAUGUGCCAUGUUAUGUUACAUAACCUAUGUCAUGUUACGUUAUAUAACAUGUGUCAUGUUAUAUUAUGUAACAUGUUUCAUGUUAUGUUAUAUAAAAUGUGUCAUGUUAUGUUAUAUAAGAUAUGUCAUGUUAUGUUUUCAGGUAUAUAACAAAUGUUAUGUUAUGUUAUAUAUAACCUUGGGUCAUGUUAUGUAAUGUUAUGUAACAUGUCAUGCUAUGUUAUAUAACAUGUGUCAUCUUAUGUUAUAUACAAUGUGUCAUGUUACGUUUUGUAACAUGUGUCAUGUUAUAUUAUAUAACAUUUGCAAUGUUAUGUUAUAUAAAAUGUGUCAUGUUAUGUUAUAUAACAUAUGUCAUGUUACGUUAUAUAACAUGUGUCAUGUUAUGUUACAUUAUAUAACAUGUGUCAUGUUAUGUUACAUUAUAUAACAUAUGUCAUGUUAUGUUAUAUAACAUGUCUCAUGUUAUGUUAUAUUACAUGUAACAUGUUAUGUUAUAUUAUAUGUGUAAUGUUAUGUUGUAUAACAUGUGUCAUGUUAUGUUAUAUAACAUAUGCCAUGUUACAUGAUAUAACAUGUGUCAUGUAAUGUUAUAUUACAUGUGUCAUGUGAUGUUAUAUGACAUAUGUCAUGUUACGUUAUAUAACAUUUGUCAUGUUGUGUUAUAUUACAUGAAUCAUGUUAUGUUAUAUAAAAUGUGUCAUGUUAUGUUAUAUAACAUAUGUCAUGUUACGUUAUAUAACAUGUGUCAUGUUAUGUUACAUUAUAUAACAUAUGUCAUGUUAUGUUAUAUAACAUGUCUCAUGUUAUGUUAUAUUACAUGUAACACGUUAUGUUAUAUUAUAUGUGUAAUGUUAUGUUGUAUAACAUGUGUUCUGUUAUGUUAUAUAACAUAUGCCAUGUUACGUGAUAUAACAUGUGUCAUGUUAUGUUAUAUAACAUGUGUCAUGUAAUGUUAUAUUACAUGUGUCAUGUGAUGUUAAAUGACAUAUGUCAUAUUACGUUAUAUAACAUUUAUCAUGUUAUGUUAUAUAACAUGUGUGAUGUUAUGUUACAUAAGAUGUGUCAUGUUUUGUUAUAUAGCAUAUGCCAUGUUACGUUAUAUAACAUGAGUCAUGUUAUAUGUUAUAUGACAUAUGUCAUGUUACGUUAUAUAAUAUGUGUCAUGUUAUGUUAUAUAACAUGUGUCAUGUUAUGUUAUAUAACAUGUGUCAUGUUAUGUUAUAUAAGAUAUGUCAUGUUACGUUAUAUAACAUAUGUCAUGUUAUGUUAUAUUACAUGUGUCAUGUCAUGUUAUAUAACAUGUGUUAUGUUGUGUUAUAUAACAUGUGUCAUGUUACCUUAUAUAACAUUUGUCAUGUUAUGUUAUGUUAUAUAAGAUGUGCCAUGUUAUGUUAUGUUAUAUAACAUGCGUCACGUGAUGUUAUAUAACAUGUGUCGUGUUAUGUUAUAUUGCAUGUGUCAUGUGAUGUUAUAUAACAUAUGUCAAGUUACGUUAUAUAACAUUUGUCAUAUUAUGUUAAAUAACAUGUGUGAUGUUAUGUUAUAUAAGAUGGGUCAUGUUUUGUUAUAUAACAUGUGUCAUGUUAUGUUAUAUAACAUUUGUCAUGUUACGUGAUAUAACAUGUGUCAUGUUAUGUUAUAUAACAUGUGUCAUGUUAUGUUAUAUUACAUAUGUCAU